AUGGCCGGCCUCUUGGCGCCUCGCCGGCGCCAGUAUGCCCUGCUGGUGCUGUCCCUGGCGUUGUACUGCUGCGCUCUGAUCGCCACCGGCACCGCCGCAUCGCCGCGGGAGUUCACCGUCCAGACGGCCCCUGUGCCGUCUGAUUCCCCCCUCCUCCGGUCGCCGGAGGUCAUCCAAGCGGCUCGACAAAUGAUCGCACGCCGGGCUCGAGCUCCCGCCACCGCUCGGCCGAUCGCCCCGGACUACCGCCAUCAUGUAGAGGGCCUCGAUGUUGAUCCCAGCUGCCUGGCCCCGCCGCCACAGCCCUCCACUCCUUCGUCGGGCGGCUCUUCCCUGCCGCAUCCCUACAAGAAGUGCUCAUGCCCCGACCCGCCGGGCUCCAGCAGCAGCGCCGCCGCCGCCGCCGCCGCCGCCGCCGCCGCCGCCGCCGCCACCGCCACCGCCGCCGCCACCGCUACCGGUAGCGCCUACUCCCCGCGGAUGGAUCACCUCUUUGCCCGGCCCAGCCACAGCAAUGGCGAUGCCGUCCAUGCCGCCAGUGACUAUGUCAGUCCCUACCCCCGGUGUGUGGUUCGCGAUCCGUCUCUGCCCCUGAUGCCGCCUCCCGAGGAGGACAAUCUCGUCACCCCGCCCGACAUAUUCAAAGUGACUCUCAGCGAGGAUGGUUGGCGGAGGUACUUUUUCUUGGUCAUCACUUCCGGCCCAUACAUGGCCUCGUACCACGAUCUCCAAGACGAAGCAGACCUCGACACUUCCACGGUGAGCCCGUACUAUCGUUUUGACUUGGGUGCCUCGAGCCUCUUUAAUGGUGGCCCGGUGGCCCAAUUCACCAUGCCGGAGCUCGUUUUUGAGGAGUCCAUCGGCCCUUAUACCCUGUGCGGACGCGAAACGUCCCUGUUCUACUAUCCCACAUCGGACUACGUGGAUUACCUGCUUCCCUAUUCGACGCAGUACUUCAUCGACCCCUCGACCUUCAACACCUUCUCGGCGAACAUGCAUUUCUCCAAUUGCCACGCCUUCGCCGUCACGGCCAUCGAUGGCGCCCACACCACCUACCCCGGCUACCAUGAGACUGUCGAAAUUGAGGGCGGCGCCUUCCAUGUGAUGCCCAUGCCUCUGUCCCUGGCAUCCAUCUUCUUCAAGGACGUUUUUUAUGAGCGCAAAACGACUCUCGUCCAUAUGCGCCCGGUUGAUGGGGAGGACUGUAUGCGGUUCAUCGACUCUUUCUUCACCUUCAUCGGGAUGAAGGUGGAGGUGUGCACCCCGGACAUGAUUUGCACCCCGAAUGGUGGCUGCAGUUGCCCUUCCACCCACUCGAUGGUCGAUGGCGCGUGUGUCCGCGACAAGUGCAUCCCCUCGGAGGCGCUUCCGGAGGAGGGCCACUGGCCCGAGCAGAUUGUCUCGGCCGAACGCAGGAUCUCCUGCACCGGGAUCUACUCCGGUGAAAAGAGCCGCUACUGCAUGCCCACCGGCUGGGGGCCGAUCACCGACCUGUGCCUCAUUUCCUAUUGCUUGCCGUAUGAAUCGGCGCUUGGGUCCUUCCCCCGCUCCAACGUCGGGGAGGUGGUAACCGGCCAGUGUCCGCCGAACCAUGACGGUGCCCCGGUCCUCCGGUGUAUGGCCACCGGCGAGUGGGACCUCGAAAAUGUCGGCGGCCAGCCGUGUGUGGAGCACAGCUGCCCGGCCGGGGUCGAUCCCCUGUCGGAGGUCUCGCUGCCCAAGACGGUGGCCGGGCACCGGGCCGUCGGGGUCUGUCCAACCGGCUUUUCCGGCCAGCCCCAUCGGAAGUGUAUCGGCAACAACACCUGGGACCCGCAGUACCUGCACCCGGAGACCGGGCUGCCGGCCGCGGUGGAGACGCUUUGCCUGCCGGAUCCCCUGCCGGCUGGCGAUGGGUCGGUCUUCGCCCUGGUCGACAUCCAGAGCACGCACCACACCCUGCACCUGUCUUGGACCAUGCAGGCGGACGUCCUGCCGCAGGCCGGCGGCAGUGUGGUCAUCUCCCAGGGCCGGCCGGGGAACUUGGUUCUGACCGAGGUGGCGCGCUUGCCCUUCGGCGAGGCGCUGGCCUCCGGCUCGGCCAGCACCACCGCCGGGGUGGCCACCUUCCCCAGCUCCUUCACCAUCAAGAAUCUGUCCGGGGCACGGGACAUCUUCGUGCGCCUGGCCCUUGAGCGUGCGCCGGGCUCCCCGGCAUCGGGGUCGGCCUCGUCAUCGAGCGUGGUGGCCGUGGCGUCGGCUUCGUCCACUUCCUCCUCGCCUGCGGCCGGGUCGCCGGAGGGGUCGGCAGCCGACAACAGGUCGCCCAUCUUCCAGACGGUUGUCUGGACCCGGCCUCGGCCGCCGGGCGGCCUGAUUGGCGAGGUGUCCAUCUCCAGCAAGAUGCUCAGCUUCGACUGGGAGCCCUCCCCGGACGCGGCGCAGUAUCUCAUCCAGGUGUUCAAUGCCACCGCGUCGGUGGCCCUGGCGGCUGGUGAGCCCGCCACGGUCGCCGCCGCCAAUCCGGCGCCACUGGUCCAGGUUACAACGACCUCGCCGACGGUCCUCAUCCGCGAGACCUUCCCCUCGCGUGCCUUCCUGGAUGUGACGGUGCACGCGGUGCACCCGAUGGCCGGCCGAAGCACCAACACCCUGAGCUUCUCGGUGCAGACGCCGAUCAGCUCCUCUCGGCGGGCCGUGUCCAUCGCGGUGCCGAUCGUGGUGAUCCUGCUGCUGCUUGCCAUCCUGCUGCUCUGUGUGUACAUCUUCUACUGGCGCCCCCGCCGGCAGAAGGAGCUCGAGCAGCUGGAGAUGCACCGGCGGUCGACCAUCUUCAACGCCAACUACACGGAUUCCGAGGCCACGGUGCUGAACACCUGCGAGUCGGUGUCGGUGCCGGGCUUCCUGGAGCUGAAUGUUGACGGGGCCCAGCAGCUGCAGCAGCUGGAGCCCAUCGGCAAGGGCGGCGCCGGCACCGUGUACCGGGGCCGGCUGCUGGAUCCCAAUGCCGUGGCCCGGGCCGGGUCCGAGGUGGUGGCCAUCAAGCAUGUGUCCGGGCAGGCCAGCCGGUCCGAGCACCAGAACAAUGAGCGCUUCCGCCAGGAGGUGGCCCUGCUGUGGUCACUGGCCUUCAAGGACUCGGUGGUCCGGCUGAUUGGCUUCACCUCCCGGCCUCGGACCAUUGUCACGCAUCUGUAUGACAGCGAUUUGCAAACGUACCUGCACAAGCCGGAGGCCAUGCCGGAGGGGUUGUUCGCCGCGCUCGGUCGCCGGCACCCGGGGGCCUACGAGUCGGCUGGCUUGCUGUCGGCCGAUGAGGUGUGCCACCUCAUCGGGCGCAUUGGCCUGGCCGUGCGCGACAUGCACUCGGUCGGCAUCGCCCACCGGGACAUCAAGAGCGCCAAUGUUCUGCUCCGGGCAUCGCGCAUGCCCAUCCCGGCCAGCGGUGGCCCGGCGUCGGAUGGUGCCCCGAGGCGGGUCAUCUACUUCGAGCCGGCCAUCUGCGACUUUGGCCUGGCCCGCACCAACCACGAUUCGAUUAACCGCCUGAGUGUGGUGGCCGGCUUCUCCCCGCGCUACGCCGCGCCGGAGGUCUUCGAGGCGGCCUACGCCGGUGCGGCCGUGUUGUAUAUGUGGUGGACUCAACUGGCAUAG